GGGCCCGGGCGGGCGCCGCGCCGGGGGCGGGAACGGGAACGGGAGAGGAUCCAGACCCCGACCCGGACCUCAACCACGACCCUGGCCCGGAUCUAGAGCCCGACCCGAACCCACAGCCAGACCCCGACCCGCACCCCGCCGCUCUCCAUCAUCCCCGCCGCUCCCCAUCUCACCGCCAAAACCCCGCGCCGCCGUGCUGCCCUCCUCAAAACGCCCUGCGGCAGAAAUAACCCCCCAUAACCAAGCUCUUUCUCCCCGAAAAGUGACUUUUUGGGGUGUAAAUUAAUGCUCGUUUUUAAGGCAAAGCGUUUCGGCGCUCGUUUGUAUUUCAGAGGCCCCCCCCGUGCUUUCAGCACUGCAGCUCAGCAGAGAAGUACAGGAGACGAGUGUGGCCCCGAGGACCCCAGCGAGGAGCCCAAGCACCCCCUCCCUGACUGUGCCUUGGAGCACAAAGCCAUCAAAUUGGAAGAGCAAGUCCGAGAUUUAACUGAGCGGUACCGGAAAGCUUUGGCAGAUUCCGAGAACGUGCGGAGGAGAACGCAGAAGUUUGUGGAAGAUGCCAAACUCUUUGGGAUCCAGAGUUUCUGCAGGGACCUGGUGGAGGUAGCAGACAUCCUGGAGAAGACGGCCGAGAGCGCCGCGGGCCACGCGGAGCCCAGCGACCCGAACCCCACCCUGAAGAAGAUCUACGAGGGCCUCUCCCUCAUCGAGGCCAAGCUGCAGAGCGUCUUUGCCAAGCACGGCCUGCAGAAGAUGAACCCCCUCGGGGGCAGGUACGACCCCUACGACCACGAGAUCGUGUGCCACGUGCCGGCCGAGGGCGUGCAGCCGGGCACGGUGGCGCUGGUCACGCAGGACGGCUACAAACUGCACGGCCGCACCAUCAGGCACGCGCUGGUCGGCGUGGCCGUGGAGGCACAGGAGUGACCGCGGCUUCAGCUGCUCCACCUGAGCUGGGGGCAGUCGCAGCUGCACCUCUUCGCUUAUUUAUUGAGCUGGGUUUGUACGGUGCGAUGGCGGCGGGGUCGCGGCGCUGUCGCCGCUCGUUCUGAGGUACUUGGGUAUUUAAUAAUGCGUCUUGGGAGUCCCUGGAGUGGUAGUAGGAGUCCUGCUGUUUGUAAGGAAUUUGUGCUUUUCUCUGCUUGUUUCUCCGUGAAGGUUUGAAUGGGGAAGAGAGGAGAUGAUGGAGAGAAAGGGAAAUUCUGUUCUUGUCUCUCUGUUCCAUCUCUGUGGGAGACUCCUGCAGUGGCCUCCAGGAAAGGAACUUCUCUGCCUCACUUUCCACAGCUGUAUUUAAGGGACUGUAAUAAUACUGAUCUACCUCACAGGGAUGUGGUGAGGCUUUUCAUGUGCAAAGCACUGGGAAAAGUCCCGAGGGAUGAGUAUUAUUAUCACCUGGAUUUGAUGUCUUCCCUUGUCCCCAGAGCCCUCGGAGGGGGUGAAGAUGAUCACUUGAAAUGACAUUUAGGGGCAGCUUUUUCUUAUGUUGCGUCACGAAAACGAUCUGGAAUUCAUGGAAUCUCUGUUGUACUAGAGCUGAAUAGAGAUGAGGGUUUAAAAAGAAUUCAGUUGUUAGGUCGGACUAAUGUUAAUAUUCCUUCUCCAGGUAAAAUUCCAGCUUGACUCUUUGUUCCCAAAGGUAAAACAGGGAAUGGUGAUUUGUGGUGGAGCCAGAAAACUGUCCUCACAUCUCUUAAUCUCCAGCCCAAAUGUAUGUUUUAGAGGAGAGUAAUUUCUCUUCCCUGGUGGGUAUUUGUGCAGCUUUCAAGCGUGAUAAACUAUGUGCUCUUUGUUGCAGCUGCUGGCAAAAUGGAGCUGAGCCCUUAAGCAGGAAAUCUGGUCUGUUCUAUUUUCUCAGCUCUCCGGUAGAGAUCCUCAGAUUACAACCAAUCCACGUUCUGAUCCUACUUUCAAUGAUCCUUGUAAAUACUAAACCUUUUGGGUUUUGCCUCAAGGAGAAAAAUCUUCUCUGCUCCAAAGUCUCAAGUGCCCUUGAACCAAUUUUAGCAGCAGUGACAAGAAAGCAAGAGAAGCAGAAGGCUGAGGAAGUGAAAGCUGACCUCAAGCUGUCCUCCUGGUUGGAGACAUGUUGUUGUCACAGCACAUAUGUAUUUCCCACUGGCCCUAUUGCCUGGGAGUUCAUUUAUCUCAGCUGAAAGGAUGCAGUCACUGAGGAGGAUCAGAAUUUAACCCCUUGCAGAGCAGCAAGCAGUCAAAUGACAGAAGAACAGAUAAGCCACAAAACCAGGAAUGGUUGGUUUCCAGGUUGUUUCUUACUGGUUUGUUCAUUCUUCCUUUUUACUGUCUGGAAUUGGUUCCACAAGCUGACAAAUGCACUUCCAACACUGCUUUACUUAGAGUGGAUGCCAUCCCUGGUUGGGAAGAAAAUCUAUUCUUCUCCCAUUCCUUUGCAAGCUUCAGCUGAAAAACCCUUUUGUGGUGGACUUGAAGGUUGUCACAGCCUUUAAUAUUGACAGUCUUUCCUCUGGGGACACUGUGUGCGGUUGGUGGGUUGGCAUCCCGGAAAUUUAAGGAAUCUGCACAUUUCUAACCUGCUCUGUGCAACCUUAUUUAAUGGCAGCUGUGGUGUGAGUCUGUAGCGGAUCCUUCCUGGAGCGUGGCUUUCUGCCUCUCUGCAGUAGGUUCUGAGGGAGGUUCUGGAGAUUUCAGCCCUGAAACAGCAAUUCUGGCAGCUUUAGCUCACGGGCAAACCUCCUGCUCAGUGUCCUGCGUUAUGAUGAUGUUUUUGGAAGUUUCAGAGAUAAGCAGGACUCGCUGUUGAUUGUUGUGCUGAGCAGGUCAGCAGGGUUCGCUGUUUCUCCAGAGAAGAAUGGGUAAAAUGUGAAAUGUGGCACUACAAAUCUGGCUGUUCUUCCUCAAAAGUGAGGAGCCCAUGUCCUCAGCUGGAAGGAGCAGUGAGGUCUCUGCUGCCUCUUCAGCCCCUGCUGGAUCAGCUGAGUCUUGCAGUACGAGGGGAGAGCUGGAAACCAGCUUUGAAAGCGAAACUUAAAUUGUAAGGAUCCAAGCAGAAGCACAGGCAUUUUACACAAGUGACAGUUUUCUGUCACAGAGAGGCUGCAGCUGGAUGUGGCCAGGAGUGCUGGGAUCCAAAUCCUCUUCAAACUCACCCGUGGAGCCACUGGACUGUGAAGAAAACGUUACAGCCACUCAGUCCAACUUGGGUUUGCCGACUCUGCCUGUCUCCUCAGGCAGCAGUCACCCGCUUCUGCCUUAAGAAAAUGCCCUAAAAUGCACUCCAGACCUUCUGUCUGUACCGAGAGAUGAUGUAUUUACCUUCUCUGCCUGGGGUCUGCUCUCACUGAGGCACUGCAGCAGGAGUCUGAGGGAUCCAGUUCUGUGCAGUCCUUCCCACCCUCACAGAGGCCCUGUGUAAUUUGGGGCAAGUUCUUCUCUCAGUGAAACCUACAAAACUCUACAGGGUCCAGUCGCGUUUUAUGAUUCCUGUGAAAUGGAGCCAGUGCUGAGAGACUCUUUCACGGGUGUUACCAAAGAGAGAAAUCCCGUGGCUGUUGUUUGUCCCAGUUUCUGCUUCCUUUGAAAGGUGGAGUGAAAAUCAAAUAACCAAACCUGGAUUCCAUCACAGAAUCCAGAUUUCCCCGGUAAAAUUUGAUUCUCUUGCCUUUCAAGCACGCAUAAUGAUGGGGGGCUUUUAUUGUCCUGGAUGAGAUUGUGGAAGAGUGGACUGAAUUUGGUUCCUGCUGCCUUUUCUGCCCUGUUUCUGUAACUCCUGCAGGGACAGGACCGACCCAUGAGCUGCUCCUCUGCAGUCACUUUAUCCAGUGAUGGUUGAAUAAAGCACAGAAAUACAUUAACAGGGCAGGAAUAGCAGAGCAGAGGAAGUGUCAUGUACCUUUCAUUCAUUUCCACACCUGGACAAGUCUCCAGUGGCGCUGUCAUGAGCGUGGCAAGGUCUGAACUCUGACCAGGAGCAGUGCAGAAUGGAAUGGAUGUUGCUUUGUGAACCUUAACUUCCCAGUGCUUCAGAAGCAGAGCUUCUGUUGGAAGAGCUGUGAUCACUCAAUAGCUCUUAGCAGUCCCUUAAUUAAAAAAAAAAAGAAAAAAAAAAGUAUUUAAGUUUUCUAUUGUGAAUAUUGUAGUAUUUUUUUUUAUUUUAAAACUCGAGGUGUUUUGAUAACACUUGCAAAGUCAAGCGAACAAAGUGUUGCUAAUCUCCAAAAAUCUUAAGGCCAUUUGGGCAGGGGGAAAACCGUGUAUAUAUUGUAUUUUUCGUGUGUUUCUGUGCUCUUUGUUUACCCAAAGGUUCUGGCUGUAUGAAAGACAUAGGUGUGUGGGAGCUGUGCAAGGAAUUGACAACGACAUUUGAGUUGAUGUUGGAAAGGGUUGAUUUCCUUUAGAUGUCCAGGUACUGUCCAUUUGCUAAUAAAACAGAAGAAUUGCA